AGUUCGUUUUAAAUAACUGUGUUGCACCUGUUUACUUAUAUUGGUCUUCUUAAAAUUUUAGUGUAUCAACCAAAAUAUUUCUUUUCAUAUAUUCUCCACUUUCAAAUCUCAAAGUUUUGAAAAGUUACGCACCUAGAGAAAGUAAUAAGACUAAACGGUGGAAGUGAAGUGAAGUGAACUGAAACUGGCAUUUAUAAAGUGAUUUUUUAUAGUUGUUCCCAAAAUUACUGUGUGAUCAAAUUAAAUAUGGAUGGCUCGAAAUUUCAGACGAAAAUAAAAGACUCAUCAGGAUCUAGUGGAAAUAACUUUGCCAAAAAAGCCUUCACUGGGGUUUUUCCACUGCAAAAAUACUCAAUGCUGGAUAUGUCUGAAAUAAAAUACGAUUUAAAUGGAGACAAUUGUAAAAAUGCUUAUCCGUCACAGUCUUCAAUCAAUUCAAAAAAUUCUGAAACUGCUUUACCGUCGACAAAAAAUUUGAGAAAACGUUCGAAAUCUUUAAAGAAAAAGCCACUGCAGCGAAAACAGGGAAAUACUGUAGAUUCUUCGCAACGGCGAUCUAAAAGCAGUGAAGUGCCACCUCGUCGUACUACUUAUGCUCCCCUACCACGUGUUGCAACUCUUCAGCACACAAAUCCAAAAAAGCAUAUAGUAAGUUCAGGGGCUAUAACCAAAACUACAGUGAAACCCAUAAAAUCACAUAAUGCGUCACUUAAAUAUGUUCCUAAUAUAAGGCCAUUGAAAAAUCCAUUAAUAGCGGAAAUGUUUCCGGAAAAAGUUUCACCAAAGAAUGUCCCUAAGAGUACGGGUGGUAUGCGAAAAUUACCCAGAAAUGAAGAUAAGGCGCGAAAAUUCCCUAAAAAUGUACAUUUAAUUCAAAUAACAGAUUUAAGUGACAAACGCGUUGAUACUAUCAAGUCUAUUAAAAAAUCUUUAAAAACUGUACAGCCUUCGCAAACUCCAGUAGCCAAAAAAUUGAAAUCGCUGCAGAAAACAAAAAAACCGUUGGAGCAAUCACAAAAGUACUUAAAAGAAAUGAGGUCGUCUAAGAAUGCCGAAGAAAGCACAGUCAAGGUAAACAAAUUGAGAAUAACAGCCGGACAAUCGCAGAGAAAUGAAAAUAAUAUACACUCACCCUCAAUGAAAAGUAUUAAUUUAGAAGAAAGACAAAUUAUAAGGGUAGAAACGAAACCGAAAGAUCUGAAGAAAAUAGAACCAGUUCCAAGCAAGUCCGAAAAAAGUGUAGUAGCAGUGAAAAUACAAAAAAAGUCCCGUGGUAAAAGGAAACUGGUCAGAAAAACAUCUACUAGGGUUUCUAUUAAAAACGCGCUACCAUUACUUCUUCCACUAGGAAAGCUAAGAUAUGAAGAAAGUAAUGAUGAUGAGCUGGUUGGUGAAGAAGAUCGAACAAGUUUACCUUAUACUAUUGCUAAAAGCAAGGAAUUCGCUGACGAUACAAAAGUUAGAAUACUCUUCGGUCACUAUUACACGCAAGUACUACGUGCUUUCAAUAAACGUAAAAUUUUCACCAUCUACGGCGAGUACUUUACAUUACGUAAAGCCUUGCUUGAUCGUGGUUGGCUGGAAAAACUGCUUCCAACCAGACUUCCUCAUCUGCAAGCACUACCGGAUGAUAAGCUCAUACUAAGUGCAAGACCUGGAAACGUUGAGGAGACUGUUGUAAUGUCUAAGAUUAUCAAUAGUUUUCCUGCAUUUUUUGUUUGGCAACCGAAAGAAGUGAAAGAUGUUUACGCUGAAGUUCUUCCAAUUAGAAACCGAAUUCGCAGAAGUAAAGAACUCGAUUUCACAACAAAACUCGGUUUAAUUGGCUGUGCUAGAAAUCAGUUCUCUAGCCGUAAAUCAGGCAUGAGCUAUCCACGAUUUUAUCGGCUAGAUGGAGAUACUGCAGAUCGAUCAGGUUUCAUAAAGGAUUAUAGGCAAACGCAGUGCCGUUGCCUUAUUUAUUAUUUGUGGAAUUGUUUAGACUCAAUUGAGUCAUAUGUCGAUGCAGAAAACGGUAUUGUUUCACCAAAUAUUUUGAAAUUUGCUCUCAAUUCUAUUGAGAAUCAACUGCAUGCAUUUAGGCAAAAUGAUGAUGAUUACGAUACAGGCGAGGAGACAAGUUAUGAGGAUUGGAACGAUUUCAUAACAAUGUCAAUUAAAAUCAUGGAUCAGAAGGCGAAGCUCAAAAUGACCAUUCAAGAAUUGACCAGAACACUUCGCAAAGGCACCAUUAUACUCGAUAAAAUACUGAAAUGGCAUCCGGAUUAUAACUGGGAUGGAGAUCUCAAUGUUUGGCUUUUGAAACCAGGUAACAAAAGUAGAGGUAUUGGUAUAGUUGUUAAGAAAAACUUGGAUGAAAUUCUCGAUUACGCAGUUAAAAAUGUGGAUCGAAAUUAUGUUGUACAAAAGUAUGUAGAGCGUCCUCUGCUUAUCUAUAAGACCAAAUUUGACGUCCGUGCAUAUAUGCUGCAAACUAUUGCUGAUGAUACUCUAUCAAUUUGGAUAUACAAGGACUGCUAUUUGCGUUUCUGUUCCCAGGAGUAUUCACUGACUAGUUUAAGGGCAUCAAUUCACUUAACAAAUAACAGCGUUCAAAGGUUGUACAAAAAUAGUAGAAAUCGAGAUCAACGUUUGCCAAUGAAAAAUAUGUGGUCCCUAAAGGAGUUCAAAAACUAUGUGAAAUAUGAAUGUGCUGAUUCUUUAUUCUGGGAGAAUACAAUAUUUGUUGGUUUUGCACAGAAUUUAAUAGCCGUAGUAAUGGCUAGUUUUCAAAGUACAAAGCUUAUUGCUAACUCCUUUGAGCUUUAUGGAUGUGAUUUCAUGUUGGACUCAGCAAUGCAUCCAAUAUUGAUUGAAAUAAAUUCAACACCGGAUAUGACAUCCUCUACGGCUGUUACAGCUGAAAUAUGUCCUAAAGUAUUGGCUGAUGUAAUCAAAGUUGUAGUAGAUCAUCCAAGCAACCCAUUAAUAAACACUGGUGGUUUUGACUUGGUGUUCAAAGCUCCAUGCAAAACUGAGAAGAAAGCAAGAAAAAUUGAAAGUAUAAAACUUCUUGAACCUACACAAGUACCAUUUAAUAUUGACUCGUCAUUUAAUUCUAAUUUUUCAUUCGAUGAACCACAAAGUUUUAUGAAAUUACCAUAAAAUUGUUCAAGAUAUUUUUCAUUCGCCAUAUUUGAUUUUCGAAACUGUUAUGGACGAAUUCUUUCUGAUACACCAACCACCAACGAAAAUGGUUGUGUAUGGUAACACUCGUCUUCUCAAAUGUGUUUUUUUUUGGAUAAAGGUAUAAGAUUCUGAUGUUUUUUAAAGUCUGUAAAAUAAAUAGACCUUACACCAUUUCCUACAUUAGAAAACAACUGGCUGAAAUUUAUAAUUGUGUUACUCACAUGGCGUAAUGAAAAUUUUAGGUUAUAACUCAAAAUUAUAAAAUUAAUUUGUGUAGUAUUGUUUUAAGUAAAACGUUUUUAAGUAAGACGUUCUAAAGUAAAACAUUUAUGAUUAAAACGUUUUUAAGUAAAACGCUUUUAAGUAAUUGUUAAUAAAACAAAA